GGUAAAUCGUGUGGCUCCUGAUGUCGUUAACCUACUGUCUUUAGUGGUUAUUGCGAUAAAGAUUGGAUUUUACUAAAGAAGUGAAGUGCUUGUUAAACUACAUGAAGGACUAUGGUAUUGAACCUAACAAUGGAACAUACACAGUGUCAUCAUUGAAGGGCUGUCCACUGGAGGCAAAUUGGAAGAUGCAGAAGCUUUUUUGGCCGAACUGGAAACCAGUGCUUGAAUAUCUAUUGUGUCAUGGUUAAUGUUUACUGCUCAACAAAAGGGUCAGAGAAGGCCUUUGCUCUUUUUAUUUAUCUGGCUGAAAAAGGGCACUUGCUGAAGAAACGUUCUUGCUUGAAGUGGCUUUCCAGUUUGGAACAUGAUAUCGAGAAGUGUAUUCAGCUGGUUAAGAAAGUGUUAGAGCCAAGGGCUAAUUAUCUGAAUAUUGUGUGCAGCAGAGUCAUAAACAUGCUUUUGCAUGCUGGAGAGAUGGGAAAGGCCCUGAAAUUAUUGAAAGAAGUGAAGGCAAACGGGAUUAACCCAGAUGUGGUGACAUACACAAUGAUGAUGCAUCUGUAUUGCAGGAUGGAUCGCUUGAAGGGGGCCGUCAAGCUUCUCCAUGAUAUGGAGGCCAAAGGGUUGAACCAGAUGUUAUCA